AUGUCUGGUGAUACUGAGGCCACAUUUAUUUUAUCUUUAGACGACGAUGAAAAUGAUAUUGCAUUAUCUCAUCCAAAUCAUAAUAAAACAAUAACAGCAGAUUAUUCAACAGAAAAUACAGUAGUUGAAUUCUCUAUUUCAAUUAAUGAUGAUAGCGUUGAAGUGAAAAGAUGCGAUUCAAUGUCAUUAGAAGAACAAUUGGCUUGGUUUGGCGAUUAUCUUGAAAAAGAAUCUCGUGUAUUUGAACAAAAAUGGUCACACCCAACUCAAAGUAAUGCAACCUUGAAUCAGUUCGAUCGUAUAAAAACACUUGGUACAGGAUCAUUUGGUCGUGUCAUGUUAGUGAAAGAUAAAAAGACACAGAUGUAUUACGCAAUGAAAAUUCUAGAAAAACAAAAAGUUGUCAAACUCAAACAAGUAGAACAUACAUUGAAUGAGAAAAAAAUUUUACAAGCAAUCAAUUUUCCUUUUCUUGUCAGUAUGGAUUUUAGUUUUAAAGAUAAUUCAAAUUUGUAUAUGGUACUUGAGUUUGUCAGUGGAGGUGAAAUGUUUUCCUAUUUAAGAAGAGUUGGGAAAUUUAGCGAAGAAGAUUCACGUUUCUAUGCAAGUCAAGUUGUACUGGCAUUUGAAUAUCUGCAUUCUUUUGACUUAAUCUACAGGGAUUUAAAACCCGAGAAUUUAUUGAUUGCUAGUGAUGGUUAUUUAAAAGUUACCGACUUUGGAUUUGCCAAAAAAAUCAAAGGACGAACAUGGACAUUAUGUGGAACACCAGAAUAUCUUGCCCCCGAAAUUAUUCUAAGCAAAGGCUACAAUAAAGCUGUGGAUUGGUGGGCACUGGGUAUUUUGAUUUAUGAAAUGGCUUGUGGAUAUCCACCAUUUUUCGCAGAUCAACCUAUAGAAAUUUAUGAGAAAAUUGUUGCUGGUAAAGUGAGAUUUCCCGGACAUGUUAGUAGUGAUCUGAAAAAUCUUCUUAAACAAUUGUUACAAACAGAUUUAACAAAACGUUACGGUAAUUUAAAAAAUGGUGUCGAUGAUAUCAAAUGUCAUAAAUGGUUCCGGCCAACGAAUUGGGUUGCAGUUUAUCAAAAAGAAAUAUGUGCUCCAUUCUUACCGCCAUGUAAAGGGCCCGGUGACACAAGUAAUUUCGAUGAUUAUGAGGAGGAACCACUUCGAAUAUCUAAAACAGAUUAUUGUUCAAAAGAAUUUGAAGAAUUCUGA